AUGAGUUCAUCAUCACCCGCUUAUUACGAUGAAGAAAUUGAGGAAAUUUGUAAGGAAAUCUCAAAGAAGAUUGUAAAGGCAAAUAAGGGGGCUGUUGAGGGAAAGAGGCAAGCCUACUUUGAAGAGAUUGAUAAAGAUAUGGAGAGAGCAAAGAAGGCUUUCAAAAACAUGUAUCGGCUUGUGAGGAAAGAAGGUGUUGAUCAGACCUGGAAGAAGAAACUCUCUCAACACCAAAACGAAAUACGAAAAUUGGAGCAAAAUCUUGCAACAGCAAAGGAUAAAUCAAAUAAGGAUGAUCUUCUAGGCACCUCUACCGCAGGCAGCAAUGAAAAGAAGAAAGAUCCAUCCAAAAAGAAACGUCGGGAUGAAGAUGAUGAGGUUGUAGAGGUAGUGGCCUCGGAGAAGGCUCAGCAAAACAAAUCACGAAAUGAUCAGAUUGCAGAUGAGCUUUUCAAGGAAAUUUAUGAAACGCAAGGAGACUCGCUCGACAUUGUUAAGAGGCUGAUCGAUAAAGCAGAUGAAACAAAAACGAUUGCUGCCGAGUCCAUGGAAAUCCUGAAGAGGCAGAGAGAACAACUCGAGAAAAUAGACAAGGAAAUGGAUGAAUUAGGAAGUAAUAUUAAGAGAGGGACGAAUGAAAUUAAAAGCUUUAUGAGAAGACUUGCCACCGACAAGCUCAUCAUGAUCUUGAUUUUGUUGGUGGUAUUGGCAGUGCUAGGCAUCAUUAUAUGGAGAAUUGUUGAUUUUGUCAUUAAGAAGGUUUCACCUCCUCCCAACAAUAAUAAUAACGGAAACAACAACAAUGGAAAAGUAACACCAUCCCAGAGUCCAAAGCCUGCAAAUUACCAAUAA